GCCGCCGAAAGCACGUAUGGCACGCGCUCCCGCAAUCGGACCAAUGCGCGACCCAAUUACGCCGAAGACCAGGACAUGGACUUUGAAUUCUCCUCUGCCGCCACCACAACGACCAAGAAGAAGACAAACGACUCACCUGCUGCAUCGGCCUCCAGCGCCAGCGCCAGUGACGCGAAACGCGCGCAGGACUCGGCCUCUUUUCUCGCCGUCAACAGCAAUGGCAAUGGCACCGGCACGGGUACCAACGAGUCGACGCCUGCACCGUCUUCUGCUGCACCAACUUCCAAGAAGCGGAAAGCUGCCGGCGCCGCUGCGACUUCGUUGCAGUCCCAAGCAGCCUCUGCCACGCCGCCCCCAGCAGCGUCGCGAAAGUCGGCUGCACCUGCAACUUCAUCAUCGUUGUUGGCACGUGAGACCAACGUGAUGACCUUUUCCAAGCAUCGCAAUUGUCUCAACAAAAAAGGCGAGCUCAUUGCCGACGACGGGACGAAGCUGAGUGUCAACGAUCACGUGUAUCUCGUGUGCGAGCCGCCAGGCGAUCCGUACUAUGUCUGUCGUGUCAUGGAAUUUCUCCAUGUCGACGGAGACGGUCCGAACUCGCCCGUAGACUCCCUGCGUGUCAAUUGGUAUUAUCGACCUCGAGAUGUGCAACGAUUCAGCAGCGAUACCCGCCUGGUCUACGGCACCAUGCACUCAGACCUAUGCCCUCUUACGUCGUUAAGAGGCAAGUGCACAAUCAAGCAUCGCUCGGAGAUUGACGAUCUGGACGCAUAUCGCAAGGAGCGUGAUUGCUUCUACUUCGUGCAGGUCUUUGAUCGUUUCAUCCGCCGCUCGUACGAGUGUAUACCUGUGUCGCAGAUCGUCAACGUGCCGGAGAAGGUCAAGAAAGCGCUUGAUGAACGAUGGAAGUUUGUUGUCGUCGAGAUUGGUCGCGUCAAGGAAUUGACCAGCGCAGCGAAGUCGUGCAAGCGAUGCGCACGAUAUUGCGCAUCGAGUGACUCUGUCGACUGCGCGAUAUGCAAGAACUCGUAUCACAUGAACUGUGUACAGCCGCCGCUACCCAAGAAGCCAUCUCGUGGAUUCGCCUGGGCUUGCGGGCCUUGCAGCAGAGCCUCCGAGAAGAAGCAGGAUGCGCGAAACACUCCAGCAAGCGGCCAUGUGACUGAAGCUGAAGAAGAAGAGCCUGUCGAGCAGGAAGAGCUACCCGGGGCAUCGAAUGUCACCACCCGCGCACCCAGUCCCAGUGGCGAUGACAUGGUUAUUGAUGAGCAUCCAGCGACUCAAGCGGAAAUUGCUCUCGCGAAGAUGUGGCCAAUGCGAUACCUAGGUAUUCAUGCGAGAGUCGAGGACGCGCUGCAGUACGACGACCGAGCAAUCUAUCCACGAGCAAGUUCGCGUUUGGGGCCACGUCACCAGGCAAAUGUCAACAUGUGGCAUGGCCGGCCUGUGGAACUUGUGAAGCCAGCUGAGAUCAAGAAGCGCUACCAGAAGGGUGGUGCACAGAAGAAAGAAGGCAAGCUCACCAAAGAAUCAUUAGCAGCGAUCGAAGCCGACAAAGAAGACAAGGCAAAGCGUCCAAAAUGGGUGCAGGACGAACCUCCAGGCUACGUAGCACGUGGCGAGGACUACGACGCCAAAGAUCCCCGGUGCACAGCGACUUUACUGUUCAAGAUGCCAGGUCCGGACGACGAGAUAAAAGUAUCUCCAUCAACAGUAAUGGACAUGAGUUGGCAGCAUGAGGAGGACCUGGAAACACGAAAUGACAUGUUCGUGAAGUCGUAUACCGACAAGGCGAAGACUCAUGCUCGCGGGGUGGGAGUUCCUCCCUUCGGCACCAAUUUCCUGGACAAGGCUGUCGAACUUCUCACCAAGAACCGUUACAACGUAGAUGCAGCGCUGAAGCAACUCUCGAAAGUGGAUCGCGUGAGAGACCUCCACGAACCAGUCUUGAGCAAAUCAGACCUGAUCAAGUUUGAGGAGGGAGUGGCGAAAUAUGGAUCCGAGCAUCGAUCGAUUCGCUUGCACAUGAAAACGGCAUUACCACAUUCAGACAUUGUCCGGUUCUACUAUCUCUGGAAGAAGACGCCAAAAGGCCGAGAGAUCUGGGGCAACUAUGGAGGGCGCAAGAAGCGAAAGGUUGAAAGUGAUGCCGGUGCUAAACUGCAGGCUGAGCUGGCAAACGAUGGGGACGAUUCAGCAUUCGACAGCAACAAGGCGGCCAGGAAGGGACGAGGAUUCCAGUGCAAAUUUUGCAACACUAUGCACUCGCGGCAAUGGCGGCGCGCGCCAGGAGUCUCGCCGGGGCAGGUUGCAGCACCUGAGAAAGGCCUCAAGGUGGACAAGAGAGACAGGCCACUGCUUGCCUUGUGCCUUCGAUGCGCAGGUCUCUGGCGGAAGUAUGCCAUUCAGUGGGAAGAAAUCGACGAGGUGGCUAAGAAAGUUGCUGCUGGAGGUGGCAAGGCACUCAAACGCAAGAUUGACGAGGAGCUCAUGCGCGAGCUGAUCGCCGCGAACGAAGCAGCCAAUAACCCUCCGGAACUGUCAUUGCCCUCUGUUCCAUCAAUCGAGGGCGCAGAGCCUCCUAGGAAGAAGUCGAAGACUGACAAGAAUGGCACACUCGCGGCAGCCGAGACAGCCAAGAAAGUCGAAAAACCACCGCCUCCUCCAAAAGAGCCAACUCCACCACCGCCACCCAUAAUACCAGCGCAGCCGACGUGGAAAGUGUUGCCAUGCGCUGUAUGCAAAGGCGUCGACGACACAAUUGCUUGUGCGCACUGCAAGCUCACUGUACAUCGAAGGUGCUUUGGCGUCAACAAGAACGAGGGUGUGCGAUCCAAUGGCGAAGUCUACUGGGUAUGCGAUCAGUGCCAGAAUGACCGCAAUCCUUCCGUGUCUACAGACUACUCAUGCUGCUUGUGCUUGACCGAAGAAACACUCGUUGAUUUGGUCGAACCAACAAAGGUUUCCCACAAGAAGAAAACAGACCGAGAAAAGGAAAAGGAGCGACUGGAAAAAGAGCUUGCCGACGGGAUGAGAGCGGAGUACCGCAGCAAGCAGCUGUCACAUCACCGACCUGUCAUCCCUCGCGAGCCUCUGAAGCGGACUGCUGGAAACUGUUGGGUUCACGUCAACUGUGCUGUUUGGGCACCUGAGACCCGCUUCAGUAAUGCCGAAGCUCUCGAAGUCGUGGAGGGCAUUCAGCUUAUCCCAGCGGCCCGAUUUGAAGCCGUCUGCAAGCUGUGCAAGAACAGAGACCACCACAACAAAUUCCGCGAGAAUUCCGGCGCCUGCGUCAACUGCUUCACCUGUCAAGCACCUUUCCACGUCUCCUGCGCAUUCGAGUCAGGAUACACAUUUGGGUUCGAUGUGACGCCUGUCAAAGGAUCACGCAAGGAUCAAGUCAUCACCGCGACUCUGGGCCAGGAAACUGGCGCCGUGACACCAGUCAUAAUUUGCAAGGAGCAUCCCAUCGGCGCCAAAACUGUGCUACACCCUAUCGAUGAAAUAAACGAGGAGACUGGCAAGAACGCUCUGCAGACAUAUGUGGCGGCAUACAAGCAGGCCGAUCUGACACUUACAGGCACCGUGCGUAAGGCUCAUCAGGCUCAAAUCACUAAGGAUAAGGGUCAACAACCCGCUUCUGCUCUGGCUGCGAGCAGGAGAGAAUCAGGUGCGCACAGCAUUGCUGCUGCCGUCAGGCGUGGAGCGAGGACCUCUUCUGUGGCCGAGACGAAAGUCGAAGCUGACGAUAGCUCCAACGACACCUCGAACGUGCUAGCCGCUAAUGGUCGCAAGUGCAUGAAGUGUAAUGUCGAUGUGACGCCUCGCUGGCAUCCAGUGUUCCGGCAGGCCAAGGAAGAGGAUGCCAAGUCUCCAGAGCAGCGACGCGUGUCCAUUAAUCGCGCAGACCGACCAGCGCUGUCGCCACCGAAACAGUUCCCACUUCAGCUCGAGUUCAAUCGUGGAUCACAGCCACCCGCUCCUACGCCGUCCAUUGAAGAGCAAUUCUUGGUGUGGGAUCGACCUGUCCGCCCGACUCCUGCUCCUCCGCCACCUGUCAACGGCAUGCCCGGAGGUGGAUUCCAUCCUCCACCGCCGCCGCACCACAUGGGCCAUCCUCCGCCUACGCACCCUUACGCGCCACCCUUUGGUCAACAGCCAAACGGAUAUCAUGGCGUGCCUCCACCGCAUCCAAUGCAUGAACGGCAUGGCAGCCAUGGGAACAGCUAUGGUUAUCCUCCUCCACAGCACUCGCCAGGACCUCCAGCACCUUAUUACGGACCUCCAGGAGGACCCAGACCGCCUCACUUGAACGGCUAUCAUACGCCUGUGCAGUCGUCGCCACACGGUUCACAGCAGCCACCUUUGCACUCUCCGACUUACCAACAUCCUCCGCAGCAUUCGCAGAUGGGCGGGCCUCGAUCAGAUGGUCAAUAUCCGGCGCAGUUGCAUCCGCUUGGACCUCCAGUGCAUUCUAGUCCCCAUGCGCCCUUUGGCAGACCUGGUUCACAACCAGCCUCAGCUACGCCGCAGCAUCCU